GCAAAAGGUGUGUAAUACUCACUCCGCCUACAGCCCGAGUGCACACACAGCCUUUGAGUUUCAAACUUCCGAGUCCUAGAGCUAGGAUUUUUUAUCAAAAACCUGUCGAGGUACUCGCCUGAAUGAUCCUUAAAACGUUCACGUUUGGAGGUUUCCAGUAACUCUUUGAAAGUUUGUCAGUGUAUUUGAGGCCUGGACAAACUGACAAUCCAAUGUAUCCGACAUGGCAACAGUUCCUCGCGCUUAUGGGUUUAUUCGCAGUGCCAGGUGUGCUGCGAGUCGUUGGGAUGGAGAUUUUCACAUCCAAUGAGGUGGAGGCGUUGAACGGGACAGAAGUGAGAUUGAAGUGCACCUUUAAGUCCAAACACCCAGUGUCCCACUCCUCUGUGGCUGUCUCCUGGAACUUCCGUCCCCUGAGCCAGGGAGCUGAGGAGUCGGUGUUUUACUACCAGGAGACGGCGUACCCCCCUACAGAGGGGCGGUUUAAGGGCCAUGCAGUGUGGUCAGGGGACAUCCUGAGACAGGACGCCUCCAUCAGCCUGCAUGAAGUUCCCUUCACCUUCAACGGCACAUACACCUGCCAGGUCCGCAACCUGCCCGACGUCCACGGCAUCAAUGGAGAGGUCAUCCUCAGGGUUGUCCACAAAGUCUCCAUCUCUGAUAUAGGCAUCCUGGCUGCAGCCAUCGGGGGAACCAUCGCAAUAGUCCUGGUGCUUCUGGGUCUCUUCAUGGUGUUCAAGUACUACAACCGCCAUGCCAACACAGACAUGGAGCUGCAGGGGAGGAAACUGCAGGAAACCAGAGAGCUGCAGGAGAGAGAGCUACAGGUCAGGGUCCUACAGGAGAGAGAGUUGCAGGCCAACAUCCUACAGGAGAAAAAGCUGAAGGCCAGUGAGAAGGAGCGUAAGGACCCUACAGUGUGGUGAUGGGUCAGGGGCGUGUCUCCCUCCCUACCUCUGCUGACUGGUGUGGGGAGGUGUUCUGUCUGGACGGACUGGUCUCUGACUGGAGGGGCUUGCCAGUCCAGGACCACUAUUUGGGAGGGACUAAUGCAUUUUUUGGGUCGGUGUCCUUCUUUCUUCUACCCUCUACUCAUCCCUCCCUCAAUAUGAGUAUUAUGGAUCUCUGUACAUUCCACUCAUUAUAAUGUCAUGUACUGUUUUAUGCACUUCAUGUUUUUUUACAGACAACUAUCUGAUUGGGUUAACUGUGCUUGUGCCAUCCCAGGAUAUACAGUAUUUUCUUUCAAAUGUAAAACCCCCCCAAAAACAUCACUCAUCAGAAUGCUAAAAAAAUACAAAAAAGUACUAAGGAAUCCCCAUAGCGGAUGCUAGGUAAAUGCUAACGAACGCUUGCAAACAUUUUACUAUUAACAACCCAGCUCCUAAAAUUAUGCAAGUAUCUCGAAACGCAGAAUGUACAAAAUAAAUAUUAGACAGCAGGGAUCUUAUUUUUCCGGACGGGAUCGUGUCUGCUGCUGUUACCAAGAAGCUUGAUCUUGCAAGCUAAGGUUAGCCACUUAGCUGGCAUUAGUAAAGUAGCAGAACCCAGCUGGAGAUAAUUUAUUUGGUACAUCUUAGAUAGUUAACUUAAUAGUUAUAAGAUGCAUAGCUGGCAAACAGCUGUAACUUGAUCACCUCACUUAAGUUGUGCUGUAGGGGUGACUCACCUCAUGAAUCUCCCAUUUUGCUCAUUGUCUAUCUUUGUAAACAAACACACUUGACUUGCUCAAACAGCUGUUUUGGGAACUAGUACUGGUAAGCUUCAUAAUGGUUAACACGGUCUGCUUUAUCUAUUACCUAGUGCACAAGUUGACUGCAGGUAUUUAUUUAAAAAGUACUAAUAUUCAAAUUUAUAAAAACAAAAAACAUUAUUGACAGUAUUGGAAAAUCAUACUGAUGUUGUUUCGAAAUACCCCGGGAUACGGUAUAUACGGCGUACCGCCAAAUCCUACUAUGUGAUUGUAUUUUGACUAUGUAGUAUGAUGAUUACUCUUAUUAGAAAUGGCUGAAAUGACACCAGCAGCAGUCUCUUGGUGUGGUGGCAUCUGUUUCAUUACAUUUGGUUUGGUAGCCAUUUGUUCUAAAUUCAUUUACAGAAUUAUUUUAACACUUGAAUAAUUAACAUUUUAACUGAGCUAAUGGCCCAUACAUUUACAUGAUUCCCAAAUGAAUGUAUGUGUAUCUGGUAGCAGAUUUGUGAGUGUGUUCUAUGGUUAUGAUUAAGGUCCCGUUGUGAAUUUAGUCAGUGAAACCCUUUUUUAUUUUUUUAAACCUGUGGUAUCUGGGGUAGGCUACAGUAAGGGCUAGUGCUGGUGGAAGCCCUGUAUCUAGGGGUGGCUAAGGGCUAAGCUCAAGGUAAGGGAAAGGGCAAUAGGGCUGGUGGAAGCCUCCCUGGGCCAGGAGCUUUCAGUGACUAACACACUCCUGCUUCCUGCAACAAUGACAGCAUAAAUGACUGCCUAUUACUGCUGGACAUAAAACUUAACUGUCAUACACCUUUGAAUGCAGAAGAAGAACCCCACAAUUCCAAGAAGCCUGUUUUCCAUGUGUUAUGUAGUUUUUGUGAUCUGAUGUGCCCAACGUGUCCAUUGAAGGAAGCCGUUCCAUCUGUCUCUUUCUGGGUCCAUGCUGAGGAUCAUGGGUGUUGUGGUCUCAAAGGUUUCCCCCUCUUUCUUACUCUGCCUAUGGAAAUCUGGUACAUCAAUGCAGGGCCCUCGCUGAUGUCCAAAUCAAUACACUAUCAUGUGUGUGUAGAGGAUGACUAAGACAGGUACAGAUAGGGCUGGAAAAGCCGCCGGCAAAGAGGGUGGAAUGUUAGCAGUAAAGCUUUUAUUGGCCACAAUUAGACUAAAUAUCAAUAUUGGCAGGAUCAAUGAGUGUAUAGUACUCAAUCCUUUUAUUUUCCUCAUAAUGACGUAGCUAUUCAUUUUGGUGGUUAAAUCGAUCAUGCGUCUUUACCUACUGAUGAGACUGGAAGAGCUAUGUGAUUCUGAAUGACACUGGAGGUCAAGGCUGUAUUAUGUUUGAAUCUUCCUCAUCUGAUGCACAUAGACAUGGAUUGUGACUGUGAUGGCCAUGUUGUAUCCCACUAUGCUGAGAGAGAGAGAAGGUACACUCAUAACAGUGUUUGAGAGAUGGUCAUAUGGUCCUACCCGGUGGAGCCUGCCGCUCACUCCUACAGUACACAAGUAUGGCUUUCAGUUUAGGAGAAACAUGAAGAUGUCACUGGCCCAAACAUGAAGACAUCACCAGUCCAUUCUAGCCAGAGACAAGGUGCUGGUUCAGGUCUCCUGCCUUUUGGCUCUUCAGUUAUCUGAUGUCUGUCCCAUCUGAUCAAAUCCUGCCUCCAACCAGCCCCAUAACCCCCUAUGGUGUUGACUGGAAACUAAGUUCUCCUGAUCAAAUCAAAUAUUAUUUUUCACAUGUUUAGUAAACAACAGGUGUAGACUAACAGUGAAAUGCUUACUUAUGGGUCCUUCCCAACAAUGCAGAGAGAAAAAUAAUAGAAAGGUAACACGAGGAAUAAAUAAACAAUUAGUAAUGAUAACUUGGCUAUGUAGACGGGGUACUAGUACAGAGUCGAUGUUCAGGGGUACGAGGUAGAUGCUGUAUGUACAUAUGGAUAGGGGUAAAGUAACGACUGUGUUGGUUUGUGUGGACCAUGUUAAUUCCUUAGUGAUGUUGACAACGAGAAACUUGAAGCUCUCGACCCGCUCCACUACAGCCCCAUCAAUGUGGAUAGGGGCGUGCUCGUGCUUCGUUUCCUGUAGUCCACGAUCAGCUCCUUUUGUCUUGCUGAUGUUGAGGGAAAGGUUGUUGUCCUGGCACCACACUGCUAGGUCACUGACCUCCUUCCUAUAGGCUGUCUCAUCAUAAUUGGUGAUCAGGCCUAUAGACGUAUAUCAUACAUGUACUUGUAAAUACAUUUUAUCACACAUCUUAUAAGGUAGAGAUUUAUUUUAUUUACUCUUUCAAUAAUGGAUGUUUUUAAUUUUAUUAUUUGCACCAAAUAUAAACGCAACAUGCAACAAUUUCAUAGGUUUUAUGGAGUUACAGUUCAUAUGAGGAAAUUGGUCAAAUGAAAUAAAUUAAUUUGGACCUAAUCUAUGGAUUUCACAUGACUGGGAAUACAGAUAUGCAUUUGUUGGUCACAAAAAAUGGGCCUCACAUUGGGCCUCAGGAUCUCGUCACGGUAUUUUUGUGAAUUCUAAUUGCCAUAGAUAAAAUGCAAUUAGGUUCGUUGUCCGUAGCUUAUGCCUGCCCAUUCCACAACCCCACCGCCACCAUGGGGCGCUCUGUUCAGAAAACCGCUUGCCCACACGACACCAUACACACCAUCUGCGUUUGUGAGGCCAGUUGGACGUACUGCCAAAUUCUCUAAAAUGACGUUGGAGGCGGCUUAUAGUAAGGAAAUUAACAUUAAAUUCUCUGGCAACGGCUCUGUUGGACAUUCCUGCAGUCAGCAUGCCAAUUGCACACUCCCUCAAAACAUGAGAUAUCUGUAGCAUUGUGUUGUGUGACAAAACUGCCCAAUUUUAGAGUGGCCUUUUAUUGUCCCCAGCACAAGGUGCACCUGUGUAAUAAUCAUGCUGUUUAAUCAGCUUCUUGAUAUGCAACACCUGUCAGGUGGAUGGAUUAUCUUGGCAAUGGAGAAAUGCUCACAAACAGGAAUGUGAACACAUUUGCUCACAAAAUUUGAGAGAAAUAAGCCUUUUGUGUGUAUGGAAAAGUUCGGGAUCUUUUAUUUCAGCUCAUGAAACAUAGGACCAACACUUCACAUGUGCUUUAUAUUUAUUGUUCAGUGUAUAUAUACAUUGUAAAUCAGACUUGCCUGUAAGACUAUGAAGUACAAUAAAGCACAGGCUUAACUGAA